CAUUUUCAAUUUUUUAAUUUAUUUAUCUUCUUCAUCUUUUCCUUUUCAGGUCUCAUGUAAUUAAACUCCAAAUAUUUUAAUGGACAAUCCUCACCCUGAACAGCACCUCAUCCCUUUGCCUAUGAAACGAAAAAGAGGUCGACCAAGGAAGGAGGAAGCUAUGAAAAAUUCAAAUACAUCUACACCUGUGUCACUUGGACAGAAAAGACCGAUUGGUCGGCCAAGAAAGAAUGUAGAUGUUAAAACUUCAAGCACAACAUUUGAAUUGAAGGAAGAUGUCCUGGUUUCAAACUCAACAUCUCAACUCAUGUCAACUCCUCAAAAAAGACCUGUAGGCCGUCCAAGAAAGGUGCAUACAAAUUCAAUAAGUGCCAGUGAAACAAUAAUUAGAGGACAAGCCAGACCUCUUAUCGUAAAGACAGCUACACCAUGCCACCUUCGUCCUUUAUUGCCUAGGCUGCCUUCGUUUUCAUGUAAUAAUGUCACAAACGUAGCCGCUUCCUCACAACUAACAAACAGUGAGUAUGAGAUUGUAGCAUUUAAUAUAUUUUGUAAUAUGGAUAUUUCUUGCAAUAAUCAUGUUUCGAUUGCAUCUUUUUGUAGGAAUUGUGCAUUCAUCUUCUAAUAGUAGGAAUGAUAUGAGGCCACCAUCAUCAAAUCAUAUAAAAAAUAAACCUGGUUUAACGUUGAGUAUCGAUGACUUAAACGAUUCAGAAUCAUAUGAAUUG